AUGUCGUUAUCCAUUCCCGGGCCCUCCCAGGCUGGGCUCUUCAAGCCUGGGUAUCAGAGCCACGACGCCGAGGAUGGAGCCGUUAUCCGCAACAUCGAAGCCUGCCAGGCUAUCUCCGGCACUGUACAGACCUCCCUCGGUCCCUACGGCCGCAACAAGAUCGUCAUCAACCACCUGCAGAAGAUGAUCUUGACCUCCGAUGCCGCUACUAUCCUGCGUGAAUUGGAUGUCGUCCACCCUGCUGCUAAGCUACUGGUUAUGGCCAGUCAGCAGCAGGACUCCGAGAUGGGUGAUGGCACGAACUUGGUUAUCGUUCUGGCUGGCGAGCUAUUGAAGAAGGCCGAGGAGCUCAUUCGCAUGGGAUUGAAGACCAGUGAUAUUGUGCAGGGUUACGAGAAGGCACAGAAUUUUGCCUUGAAGACCUUAGAGGAUCUCGAGGUGGACCGACUGAAGGAGAUGCGUUCGACUGCAGAACUCAGCAAGGCCCUCCGAACGGUGAUCGCAAGCAAGCAGUCUGGCGCAGAGGAUAUCCUGGCUGGUUUGGUGGCCGAGGCUGUCCUAGCUGUGCUUCCCAAGAACCCCGUCAACUUCAACGUCGAUAACGUGCGUGUUGUUAAGAUCAUGGGUGGUAGCUUGGAACAAUCUAAGGUUGUGAAGGGCAUGGUUUUCGGACGUGAGCCCGAUGGAAUUGUGAAGAAGGCUAGCAAGGCCAAGGUCGGUGUGUUCAACUGCCCUAUCGAUAUCCAGCAGACCGAGACCAAGGGCACUGUGCUGUUGAAGAAUGCCCAAGAAAUGAUGGACUUCACCAAGGGCGAGGAAGAGCGUCUGGAGACCGCCAUCAAGGAGAUCUACGACUCCGGUGUCCGUGUUCUUGUUGCUGGUUCUACCGUUGGCGACCUUGCCCUGCACUACCUCAACCGUUUCAACAUUCUCGUCGUCAAGAUCCUCUCCAAGUUCGAGUUGCGCCGCCUGUGCCGCGUCGUGGGAGCCAGCCCACUAGCUCGUCUGGGUGCCCCCAUGCCCGACGAGAUGGGCAGCGUGGAUGUAGUCGAGACCACUGAGAUUGGCGGAGACCGCGUGACCGUCUUCCGACAAGAGGACGGCUCUGCCGUCACCCGAACUGCCACCAUUGUCCUUCGCGGUGCGACCCAGAACCACCUGGAUGACGUUGAGCGCGCCAUCGAUGACGGCGUGAACGCCGUCAAGGCCAUCACUAAGGACCCUCGGCUUGUCCCCGGAGCGGGCGCCACCGAGAUCCAGCUUGUGGAACGCAUUUCCAACUUCGCUGACAAGACUCCCGGCCUACCCCAGUAUGCCAUCCGCAAAUAUGCCGAAGCCUUUGAGGUCAUCCCCCGCACACUGGCCGAGUCAGCCGGUCUCGAUGCCACCGAGGUUCUCUCCCGCCUUUACACCGCACACCACCGCAACUCUACCGAAGAGGAGGACGAGGAGUCCGACGAAGAGCCCUACUGGACUACUGGCGUCGACCUGGAGGUUGGCUCAUCAGACGGAACGCUUGAUGCCGUCGAUGAGGGCAUCCUUGAUCUGAUGGCCUCUAAGAGCUGGGCUAUCCGUCUGGCUAGUGAGUCUGCCCGCACCGUGCUGGGCGUUGAUCAGAUCAUCGUCGCGCGACAGGCGGGUGGACCUAAGCCACCUGGUCCGAACCCCAACUGGGACGAGGAUUAA